ACCCAUUCUUACUGUGCCGGCAGACAACACACAGCGUUCACCUAGCCCAGCGAAUAACCCCCUCUUGAUCAACCUCCCUCUUUCUCCACCGUGAAUGGUGUCGUCCAAACUGAACCGCGAACUUUCAUUGGGGCUCACAUGCGAUCGGAAGUGUCGGCUCUACGAGCAGACGACAGACUCCAAAUCACAGAGGCAGUUACAAUGUUAACUCGUUGUGUGGACAAGCCGAAGACACAGGCUUUAACCCGGUGAAAAUUGGAGAAAAUCAGCGAAAUCUUGUGUGUGAUUGUGUGCAAUCUUUUCAGCCUGGAUCGUGGCUGUCGACUGGAGUACUGUAUGACGCGAUGAUGCCACCACAACAUUUUGGAGUCUCUACAUGUUCACUGCUCCUUCAAACCCUAGCAUUUAUCGUCUUGCUGCAGUUCAGUGUUGCAAGUCAAUCGCCUGUCUUCUAUGAUAAACGCCAAGAAAACUUUGCUCAGAACUUGGAUGAUUAUGAAGUGGUAAUUCCAAGCCGUGUUAGUUCAGAUGGAGGAUUUAUAACACACACAUUACAAGCACAUCAUAAGAUAUGGAAGAGAAGUGUAGAUGACGCAGGUGCGUCCUCUGAUGACGUCAUCCAUUACCAGAUUCCGUUAUCAGAUAGGACGCUUCAAGUCAAGUUACAAGUCAACAGUAAGUUGCUCACGCCGUCGACGGUGGUCGAAACCAGAACAGGAAGAUAUAAGAACGUGUCGGAUUCUAUGUUCAAAAUACUUGAUCACCGAGGAUGUCAUUUUACUGGUCACGUUACAGGAGAAGACAACUCUAGAGCAGCGAUAUCAGCCUGUGGGGGACUGAUGGGAUUUGUACACAGCAAUGGAGAGGAGUAUUUCAUUGAGCCUGUGAAAGGCCACAACAGUAGCCACAGCCCUGAGCACCCACACAUUAUAUACAAGAGAUCAGCAUUGCCUGCCAGGCUGGAUAUUGCCAAGGCCCAUGAUCAGGACAAGGAACAUCAGUCAGAACAAGCUUGUGGAGUUUCAGAAAACUUGGACCGGGCGUUCAAACAGAGAGAGAGAUGGGAGAAACACAACCAGCAUGUAGAGAAGAAGAAGAAGCGCCGACAGAAGAGGUCAAUAUCUGUGGAGAAGCAUGUGGAGACCAUGGUGGUGGUGGACCCCCAGAUGGUGCAGCACUACGAGGAUGAGGACAUUAACAACUAUGUCCUCACUGUCAUAAAUAUGGUAGCAACAAUGUUCCACGAUGCUACCAUUGGCAACGCCAUCAAUAUUGUGAUUGUCAGGAUUAUCUUGCUGAAGGAACCCCAGGAGGACUUGACCAUCAUGCAUCAUGCCGACAAGACCCUCCGUAGUUUCUGUCAGUGGCAGAAGAAGAUGAAUUUCCGUGAUGACGACCAUCCCAACCAUCACGAUGUUGCUAUUCUCCUCACCAGACACAACAUCUGUUCCCGAAUGAACGAGCCAUGCAGUACGCUGGGUCUGGCACAGGUCGCCGGCAUGUGUCAACCUCAUCGCACGUGCAGCGUCAACGAGGACACCGGACUGGCACUCGCCUUCACCAUCGCACACGAGCUCGGGCACAAUUUUGGUAUGAAGCAUGAUGGGGUACACAACAAGUGUGAAGCACCCAAGGGGAAACAGUUUGUGAUGGCGCCACAUCUCAUAGCAGACUCCACCCCCAUGAGUUGGUCCAACUGUAGCAGACAGUCCAUCACCCAGUUCCUCGAUCGUCAGUGGGGUUACUGCUUGGAUGACGAGCCUGGCCAUCACCCAGAUUUCAAGUUCCCCACCCAGCCAGCAGGGAUCAUGUACGACACUGACCAUCAGUGCCGCUUGCAGUAUGGGCGUGAUGCUGCGCUUUGUGAAGGCAUUGAGGUCAUCGAGAAUGUGUGCAACACCCUGUGGUGCCGAGUUGACAACAAGUGCUCCACCAAACUCCAGGCAGCGGCUGAGGGCACCAUAUGUGGAACUAACAAGUGGUGUUAUGGUGGCCGGUGUGUGGAGAUUGGCGAGCGCCCCCAGGCCAUCAACGGGGAGUGGGGUCAGUGGGAAGGAUGGACGGACUGCACCCGGUCCUGUGGGGCGGGGAUCUCAUACUCUGAACGGCACUGUGAUAACCCACCGCCAUCCCAUGGUGGAAGAUACUGUAUUGGAGAGAGGAAAAGAUAUCGUAUUUGCAAGACUGAUCCAUGCCCGGAUGAUGCUCCCAGCUUCCGACAUGUACAGUGUUCAGAAUUCAACCGCAUCCCAUACAAGGACGGUCUACAUGAGUGGGAGCCAGUGCUGACACCACACACUCCCUGCCAACUGCAUUGUAAACCUGUAGAUAAGUUCUUCUCGGUCAUGCUGAAGGACAUGCUUACUGAUGGCACACCUUGCAUCCCUGGUGGGCGGAACAUGUGCAUCAGUGGGCGCUGUCGGCACGUUGGCUGUGACUGGAUCAUUGACUCCAGUGCUGUGGAGGACCGAUGUGGGGUCUGCUAUGGAGAUGGGUCUACCUGCAAGACUGUCAAGAAACAGUUCAAUGAAACAGAUAAAUUAGGCUACGUAGAAGCGACGGUGAUCCCGGUGGGCGCACGUAAUAUCCGAGUAGAGGAAGUAGCUGCUGCCAACAACUUCUUGGCUCUGAAGGACCAGCAGGGGAAGUACUUCCUCAAUGGUCACUGGUUCAUCCAGUGGAGCGGGGACUAUGAGGCUGCCGGCACCAUCAUCCAGUACCGAAGGCACGGCAACAAGGAACACUUCAAGGCAGCAGGGCCACUCAAGGAACCGCUGCACAUCAUGCUCCUACUGCAGACAACCAACCCAGGUGUAGUGUAUGAGUACACGGUGCCCAAGGAGAACGCAACAGACAAUCGCUCACCGGAGUUCCGCUGGGAGUUCUCUGAUUGGUCGCACUGCACUGUGUCGUGUGGUGGAGGUACCAAGAGGUCGCAGGUGGUGUGUGUGGAGAAGGAGGCGGGUGUUGUUGAUGAGAUGUACUGUAAUGCCUCCUCCAAGCCAGAUGAUAAGCUCCGCAGCUGCAACAGCCACCUGUGUCCAGCCAGAUGGUGGACAGGUCCAUGGCAGCACUGUUCAGUAACAUGUGGAAAGAAUGGCAUCCAUCGCCGCACUGUGAUCUGUGUGCGGAGUCUGGGCCCUGAUGAGCAGAUUGCUCUGGAGGAUGAGCCGUGUAAAAGUUUGAACAAACCCACAGAAGUUGAGCCCUGUCGACACAAGGACCCUUGCCCAGGCGACGUAGACUGGCUGCAUUCAGAGUGGUCCAAGUGUACCAGCAACCCGUGCGCCACCCAGACCCGCCGGGUGUGGUGCAGUGGAGGGGAGCAGGACAUCAAGUGUGACCCCGACUCGAAACCACAGUCGGAGAGGUCAUGCAGCAAGUUCACGUGCGGCAAGUGGGAGGUGGAAGAUUGGUCAGCUUGUACCCAGACAUGUGACGAAGGUGUUCAGUACCGUAACGUCAAGUGCCAGGGUGGCGAUAAAUGUGACCCGGACCUUGAACCCAUUUCGGAGAAAAUUUGUCUCGUUCAGAAAUGUCCAUUGCCUGAAACAACAACACAGGAACCAGAUACAGAUACAACAUUCGACAAUAAAAUUGCCACAAUUGAUAUGAACACAGAUGAAACAACAUCAGAUGUCAAUACUGUUGCCCCAACAACUGAUUAUGAUUUCAAAUCUACGAUACUAGAUACUCAACCAACUGUAUCAAGUGGCAACCAGUCAUCAGAAGUAACCAACUUAAAGAUGUCAACCAAUAAAAUAUCUUUAGGAAGCAGCAACACUGGCAUAGGUGGGGAAAUAAAAACAGAAUCUGGUGAAAUAAAACUGGGAGAGUCUAGUAUUGAUUUAAGCGGGAAAGAUAAUACUAUACUGAUUCCUGAAAGCAACAUGGACAUACCUCAUAAACAUCGCCAUAAUCACAAUCAUCGGAAGCAUCAUAAAAAUAAAGAUAUCGUCAUAAAUAACAAACAGUCUGAGAAUAAUGUCUUAGUUGGAAAAGCUAGCAAAGAUAAUACUCUCUCACCAACUCAUAAGCUGUUCACAAAAAAGACAAGCAACACUCCAAUCCAUUUUGAAUUGAGCACAAUAGGGGGAGAUAGCUCUGUAACAGCAACUCCCAGUGACAAGCCAGAGGAGCAGGGGACAAAACAGAAAGACAAGACCGUGAUGUACUGGUGGCAGACCAGAGAGUGGAGCAAGUGUUCCCGUCACUGUGGAGGCGGCACCAAGAUGAGGAAGGUGUACUGUGUGGAGGUUAAAACAGGCCGAGAAAUACCAGAAGCCUAUUGCGAUAUAACCCUGAAACCCACAGUCAAAGAAGACUGUCAUCGUAUGCCAUGUCUCCGGUGGCAAACAACUCACUGGAAUCAGUGUUCAGCAACUUGUGGCUAUGCUAUCCAGAGCCGACAUGUGUAUUGUCAGACGCCCAACAAGUGUGAUCCGCGAGAGAAACCUCCCAAAACUCGGGAGUGUAAACUACAGGCCUGUAUCUCCUGGGUCAAUGGAGACUGGAGUCAGUGUUCGCAGACGUGUGGGGGUGGGCAGCAGGUGCGCUUGGUGCAGUGCGUCAACCUCACAUCCCAGCAGUCUGCAAAUGGAUGUGAUGCUAGUCUCAAACCCAAACAACAGGAAUCCUGCAACACAGACUCCUGCCCGGUGGAGAAUGCUGCCUAUUCCAUUACCUGUGAAUCUAAUGAAAUGAGCUAUCGAGUGUGCAAAAUGUUAAAGAAGCUGAAGCACUGUGACAAGGCAUACGUACGUGCCAAGUGUUGUCGUACAUGUGGAAAGCAUCGCAGAGACAAGUCUCAGAAACCCACAAUAAGAAGAAUCAGCCGAAGAUAACACUCAGUGUUGAGAUCUGAUGUUUGAAACAUGUGAGAAGUGCUCAAUGGGCGGGGCUUGUCCUGCUCUGUUCUGAUUGGUCAAUCAGUAUGGUGACAACAGUUGCUCGACAGCUGCCAAAUACCAUGAUAGACAAGUUGGACAAUUGUUGCAUAUUGUAGAUAAUUGUGAUUCCCAUUUCACCAUUGUCACAGUCAGUUCUACAUCUACACAAAAAUAGAAUGUCUUUUGUUAUGUUUGAUAUUUUGAAUGACAAGACUAGCCCAUUGUGGAGAAGUGACUGACGUUUGGAUGUUGUUGAUUUCAUUACAUUGAGGUCAUAAUACUCUGUGAUCAGCGGGUAUUUAGUGGAGAAACUGAUAUUGCAGUGUUAUCAUUCUCUAACCUUUCUCCAGACACUUUCAUUGGAUAGUGAAAUCCAAAUCUGAUUGGCUGAUGAAACAAUGGCCGUGAUUGGAUAAAGUGUGUUCAGUGACAGGAUGUGUUGCAUAUUAUGAGUAUGUGCAAUGGUAAUCCCAAUGUGUGUUCCCUGUUGGACAGAGAACGGUCAACACAAGGAGCUUGUGUGUGUUGACCAGUGAGACGAUAGUGCUGCAGCAGCAGCAGUGUGUUAGACACCUCCAACGAUGUACGCCCUGGACCCAGUGCCCCGACAUGGCGCCACAGCCUAUGACUUCAUAGGCUGAGAACAACUCAUUGUUUAACUAAUUUCAUUGGGUUCUGACAUAUUGAUCCUUGGAUAUACACAUCUUUGAUAUAAAAACUGCAGAGUUUUAAUUGAAGUUUGAAUAUGCUUUACAAUAGACAUUCUUUGUACUUCAAAUGCUUUUUCAUUAUUUCUGUUUUAUUAGGGAUUGGAUAGUAAAUACAAUGAAAUAUGGUCAUUCAUGAAUCUGUUUGUAUGGAUACCCAUCCUUUUGGGUGAUUACAUUAAGAGGACAGAAUACAAAGGAUAUUUCUUCGUUCUGGUGAUUUUGUUAACUUAGAAAAUUGUUAAUCUCACUGCUAACAGUACCACCCAGGUUAAUGGGAUUUCACAGCAUAGCCAAAGAUUAACCUUUGUAAGUGUAAACAGUGCCAUCAAUGGAUUCCUUACAUAGAUUUCAAUCUAUGAUGUUUUUAUGUUGUUUAAUUUUGUUUAGUUUCAGAAGUCUGGUUAAUUGUUAUCCCUUCUUUGGACAGGAACAGAACCCAUGGAAUUUGAAUGAGAUCCUUGUUAAUAGACUUACACCAUUCCCUGAGUUUGUCAAAGGUCUUGCAGUCAUGCUGGGCACUGUCCAAAUUGGGCUACUAUCAUAAUUAGACUAGGUACAUCACAGUCAAGCUUUAUGUGUUUAGAACUUUACCAAUCAACAAUACAUGGCAUCACAUGGCAAAUUUGCUUUUCAAGGACACAUCAUGUAACUUUGAUGAAUUUAUAUACCUAUGGCUUUUCCAACCUUUGCAAGUUCGUCUUACAUAAAGUGAAAUAAAGUCGGCAAACUUUAAUAAUGACUUCAGUAUGUGCUUAUGUGAUAAUUUUAUAUUGUAACAGGAUAUUUGUUGGGAAUGCCUUAGCAACUUUCUGUUCUAAUUUAAUUUUUUAUGUUUGUCUUGUUAUAUGUUUGUUCUGAAAGUCUGAGCAGUAGCUGAUGGUGAUUGCUAAUUUCUAAUGGAUCCUCGCAGAAUACAGAUUUUACAUUUGUUGGUGCUAUCUAGUAGAUCUAUGAAGAGUCAGAAUCAACUCAAAUACUUCAUUAAAUGUUAUCAGGAUUUAUACCCCUAGAUAAUGCCUCAGCACUGAUGUAUAUAAUUUUGCAGUCAAUACCUCUGAUUUUAAGGUCUAUAUUGAAUCUUAGAACAAUCAAAGUACCAACAGAUGCUUUAUUUUGUUUUUGUAGGGUUUGUACGUUUUUAUCAGCUUUGUGUUUCACUACAUUCUGUCUUCGUUUGUUAAGACCAAAUCUGAAAUGGCCAACAUGUAUCUUUUGUUAUCUGUGAUAAGCCAACAAUGUCAGUUAUACUGAGGAAUAGUCCAGUUUCAUAAACACAAUUUGUUAUCUGUUACACCUAAGAGAUAUGUUUUAUAUCACAAAGGAUGUAUUAUAAGAGUCAAAAGAAGACUUAACUGAUCAUUUAAGAAAAUAAGGGAAUUUUUUGGAAAUUGUUGCAUAUUCAACAAUGGAAUGUUUUGGAAUGGAAACAAUAAUAAUAUAAUGUGUCAAAACACUCCUAUUUUAGGUUUACAUGACAAGUAUGUUAUAUUCAUACACAUAAAAUAUACAUGAGCAAGUCUCUGAGCUAAGAUGUAGGUAACAAAUUAGAUGAAAAGAUUAACUUACGGUAGGCCUUAUUGUCUCCAGAAUUAUGUAAAAUCUGCAUCUUUUAGUCAUACGUCUCUGCUAAUGAUCACAUAAGAAGUUCACAACUGGACUAGAAAAGGCUAGUAGUCAGUCAUAUGUAAACAUGUCUUCAAAAAAGUUAAAUAUCACUAUAUUAAAGUUUCCAGAUCUUACAAAUUUGUCAUUAGCCUUUAAUAUGCAUCAUCAUUUUUACUAUUACAGCAUAAAAUAACAUUGGAAGAAAUUCAAACCAUGUCAUAAAAUUCUGAUUAAAGACAUUUUUAUUCCCAUAAUUCCCAUAGUAUACAAAGGGAUUUAACGUUCACUAACUGAGCUUGUAGCCAGUGACAUUUUUAAGAGGGACCUUGAUAAAUAUUAGAUCUGAAUAUUUCUGAUGUUUCAGUGACCCCAAGGUGAUAGUGUCAGUGCAUGGUAAGGUCAGCUGUAUAGUUAUAGGGACUGUCUGGUAGGUCAGUUUGUCAUUCUUCACAUAAUGUUGUAUCUGGUGUGCAUAUUGUUCUACUUCGUCUACACUUGUCCCAUUGUGUCUACAGCUGUUCAGUUAGGCUUCUUGAGUGGCCAUACAAGACAACUAAUGAUUGUACAAGUAACAUAAUAUUGUUUUGUUGCAUUGAAGAAAAAUAAAAAUCAAACAUGCUGAAAA